AUCACCAUAAAUAUUCUUCUUUCUUCAUUUCAUUCCCAUAGCACAGUAUAUUCCUCAUAUUCAUAUUCAUAUUCAUAUUAAAUCAAAUCACAUAACUUUCGGAACGUAUCACACAAUUCUCGCUUCAAUGGCUUCUCGCGUCGGCAUCACUAAUGGCACCUCUUCUCCUUUAAACUCUUCACGUUUUCUAUCACCUUCUAAGAAUUCUUCAUUCCAAACCCAAAACGGUAGUAAUUCUAAUUCUGCUUCUCUCAUGACGCAAAACAAAACCGUUCUAGUUACCGGCGGUGCCGGUUACAUCGGUAGCCACACCGUUCUUCAGCUCUUACUCGGCGGUUUCAAAACUGUCAUCGUUGAUAAUCUUGAUAAUUCCUCUGAAGUUGCUGUUCGUAGAGUUAAGGAACUCGCUGCUGAAUUUGGGAAAAACCUCAAUUUUCACAAGGUAGACCUCCGCGACAAGGCUGCACUUGAGCAAAUUUUUUCUUCCACCAAGUUUGAUGCAGUUAUACAUUUUGCUGGAAUGAAAGCAGUGGGAGAAAGUGUGCAGAAACCGUUACUCUACUACAACAACAACUUGAUUGGGACAAUCACUCUUUUGGAAGUCAUGGCUGCUCAUGGAUGCAAGAAGCUUGUGUUCUCAUCUUCAGCCACUGUAUAUGGUUGGCCAAAGGAGGUUCCAUGUACUGAAGAGUUUCCUCUGUCAGCAGCAAACCCAUAUGGACGAACCAAGCUCACCAUUGAAGAAAUCUGUCGUGAUGUCAAUCGUGCUGAUCCAGAUUGGAAAAUAAUGUUAUUGAGAUACUUCAACCCAGUGGGUGCACACCCUAGUGGUUAUAUUGGGGAGGAUCCUCACGGGAUUCCAAAUAAUCUUAUGCCAUUUAUUCAGCAAGUAGCGGUUGGCAGACGUCCUGCACUGACAGUUUUUGGAAAUGAUUAUAAAACAGUUGAUGGUACUGGGGUUCGGGAUUACAUUCAUGUUGUUGAUUUAGCUGAUGGCCAUAUUGCUGCAUUGCGUAAACUAGAAGAAGCUGACAUAGGUUGUGACGUUUAUAACUUGGGGACAGGAAAGGGAACAUCAGUUUUGGAGAUGGUUAGAGCUUUUGAGAAGGCAUCUGGAAAGAAAAUUCCACUUGUGAAGGCUGGCCGUAGACCUGGUGAUGCUGAAAUUGUUUAUGCAUCAACAAAAAAAGCUGAAAGAGAACUUAAGUGGAAGGCAAAAUAUGGAAUUGAUGAAAUGUGCCGUGAUCAAUGGAAUUGGGCUAGCAAAAACCCUUACGGCUAUGGAUCUCCUGAUUCCACAAAUUAAAGUUGACCAUGAUUAAAUAUGUUAUGAUCUUGGGUUUUUUUUCUUUUCUUUCUGAACUCUGCCACAUCAAUCACCAUAGGUCCUGUGAAUUUAUUAGUUUUCUCUGAAGCUCUUUUUCUCUUAUAGCCUUUUAAAGGAGACAAGUACUAUUGUGAUUUCUAGUUACAAAGUAAAGAAGUAGUGAUUUACCAUACUAUAGUUUACAGGUUAUAUCUAGGCUCCACCUUACAGGUUAUAGGUUAUUAUUAAUAUAUAAGGAUUCUAUCAUGUUCUACAUGAACUUGACGGCGUCCUCUUUUGUAAAUCUAAACUAUGUAUUUUAUUUAUAUAUGAUAUGAUAACCAGCAAAUACUCUUAUCGUGUUAUGUUA